CUGGCUCUCAUUUUCUUUCCUAGUAUCAUUCUUCCGUUUCUGUAUUUCCAUUAGAAUAGUAGAAAAAUAAAGGAUUUGGGGCGUUCUCUCUUUAAUUUAAUUUUAAUGUUCAGCGAUAAUUUAAAGGAGUGGUUUGAAGGUUUCCCAGAUUUAGAUAGGAUUGAGUUAGAAGAGAGUGUAUUUGCCGAUAUUGAGAACAGUAUGGAGAUUGGUAAAGAAGAUAAAUUUGACAAAACCCAUGUAAGUGAGCUUGGCUUUAAUGGGUCUGAGUCAGAUUUUGAUGGUUUCAAACCAAUUGUUCAUGGGUCUGCGCUGGUUGAAGGUGAGCCAGGCCGUACAGUGAAGGUAGAAGAAGAUAAGUCAAAACCAGAAAGCAAUCUGAAUUUAUCUAUUGAGGAAUCAAAAGCAGAAGGAUUUGAUGGGUUCAAGCCAAUUGUUUGUGGGUCUGAGCCAGUUGGAGGGGAGUCAGGCUGCACGCUGAAGGUGGAAGAAGAGUCAAAACCAGAAGGGAAUCUGAGUUUACCUAUUGAAGAAGUGAUUGGAAACGUUAGUUUGGUUGACGGAUUAGAGAGUGGGAGUAGUAGUUCAGAGUCUGACAGUGAAAGUUCUUCUUCGUCAUCAUCUUCUAGUAGUAGCAGUGAUGAUGAUAAUGACGAGGAUGAGGGGGAGGAGGACGAAGAGGAAGAGAAUAAAGAAAAAGUGAAGGUGCAGGCUAAAAAUGUGGAUGGUGCAGAUGAACUUGAAGAAGGUGAGAUAAUAGGUAUUAAUGAAGAGGUGGCCGUUGAUGGAACUGACAGUGAUGAUGAUGACGACGACGACGACGAGGAGGAUGAUGAAGAGGACGGAACAGAUGAAAUCCUUAGUGCGUUAGAUAUUGAACUUGAUGAGGUAGAUGAUGAGGAGGAAGAUGCUGGUGCUUUGAGAGGUCCCAUCAAGUCUAAGAAUGAAGUUGAGGUUCUUCCCCAAGUUCCACCACUGGAUGUUGAACUGCAACCCCAUCAUCAGAUGCUGCCUGUUGGAGUUGUUUUGUCGGUGAUUAGUACCAAAGUUAUUGUUGAAGGAAGAGAACAGCACAACCCUCUGAAUGAAGGUUCGAUUCUUUGGAUUACUGCAGACAGAUCUCCAUUGGGAUUUGUGGAUGAAAUCUUUGGACCUGUAAAAAACCCAUAUUAUGUUGUACGAUAUAAUUCUGAGAGUGAAGUCCCUGCUGGGAUCCAUGAAGGCACUUCUAUCUCUUUUGUCCCCGAAUUUGCUAAUCAUGUUCUCAAUGAAAAGAAUCUUCACAAGAAAGGAUAUGAUGCAUCCGGUGAGAAUGAUGAGGAGUUAUCAGAUGAUGCUGAGUUUUCGGAUGAUGAAAAGGAGGCUGAGUACAGGAGGAUGCAAAAAAUGACAAAGAGAGCCAUGAAUGACCAGAGAGUGGGAAACCGGAAAAGCAAUAAAAAGAAAAAUAAGAGUAAGAAUGGAUGCCGGAAAACUGAUAAGAACUCAUCCCAGCAAACAUCAACCGGAAUGGGUCAGCUUCCACCUAAUCAGAAUCAACAUAAUUUCACCACAGUCUCAGCAUCUUUGGUUAAUCAUAAUUGUUCAUCUUCUGUCAUAGGAGAACAAAAUUUUGUUGGUGGAUCUGGCUUUGUUCCACCAUUUUCGGUCAUGCCACAGUCUUCUGGUAUUAUUACACCUUCAAAUGGAGUUUGGACUAAUGGAGUGCCAGUCCAGCACCCACAAAAUGCUAUUUUUCCAAACAGGUUUUCUGCUGAAGGUAUGUCAUUGCUCUCGCAGAAUUAUCAACAGCAGCCUAUUCCUUUGCCAACCCCAGCGAUGCCGACCAUGAUGCCAUAUCAGCAGCAGCAAUUUGAUCCUAGUUCGAAUACAUUUCCUAAUCUGGUGUUACCUGGUGGCCAGUCAAACUUAUUUGCUGCACUAGCCUCUGCACCUUGGAUGGGGAUUGCAGGUCAAAAUGGAACAUUUGGAAUGGGCAUUCAGGGCCAACAAUUCAACAGUGCAUUACAAGGUAUCUCGACAAAUGGACCAACAAUGGGUGGGAAUUGUAAUUUGCAACCUGAUGGUGUUCAAGGCAAUUUUGAAUCAUCCCAGAACUUUAACAUGGGUGCAUCAUCCAGUCGUGGAAGAAAACCAUAUCAUCGAGGCCGUGGUCGGUUUACAGGUGGAAGGGGUCAUCAGCGAUCUUAAUGAACUGCAAUUAAUAAGACUGGGUGGAGACACAAGCCUUCGAGAGUGAUUUAGGUAAAACUAUAUAUUUGGAUUGUAACUUUUUGUUGAAUGUUUGCAGUAGUAAUAGAUUUAAGGUAAUUAGCAUUGCACCUUUUUUUUAAGAUUAAUCAAGUUCCAAUUCCCAUUUCUUUCA